AUGACCUUUUCUCGUCGAAUCACGCUCUUUGUUGUAUUGGCUGCUGUGGCCAAUGCCAUUCCCACAGCUCUCAAUGAAAGGUCUAGCCCAGUAUUGCCAAGCAAAGACUCGUUUUAUAAUGUCCCAGACAAUCUUGAUCAAUUCCAACCAGGUGCAAUCUUAAGCCACCGGAAGCCGCCGUACCCAAUCGCGGCCUUUGGCAUUGCGCCAGUUAACGUCGAGGAAAGCCACCAAAUUCUGUACAGGACUACAGAUAGCUUUGGCAAUGCGACAGCGACCGUUUUGACCGUGCUUGUUCCACACAAUGCCAAUCGGUCAAAGGUUCUUUCUUACCAGAUUGCGGAAGACGCCGCCUCUCCUGACUGCGCGCCGUCAUAUGCUCUGCAGCUAAAGUCAGCUACCGGGCCACUCCUUGGCACCAUUGUCACUCAAGCUGAGCUUCUGCUGGUCGAAGCAGCUCUAGAGCAGGGCUGGGUUGUCAUUGUCCCUGACUUUCAGGGCCCCAAAGCUGCAUACUUGGCUAAUAAGCUUGCUGGUUACGCUACACUUGAUGGUAUUCGGGCGGCCCUUAACUCAGCCGAAUUUACAAACAUCGCAAGUAAUCCCACGAUUACCAUGUGGGGAUAUUCCGGAGGCAGUCUGGCUACAAACUGGGCCGCCGAGUUGCAACAGGAUUAUGCUCCCGAACUCCGGAUUGCCGGUGCUGCGGUUGGCGGUACCGUUCCAGACAUCACAAAUGUGGUUACUACCAUCAACAAGGGCCCAUUUGCAGGCCUGAUCCCAACGGGAAUUCUGGGUCUAUCCGCAGAAUACCCUGAAUUAAAAAAGGUUGUGCAGGACCAUUUACGACCGCAAGCUUCGAAAAAGUUCAACAAAGCCGGGACUCAAUGCCUAGCUGCAAAUGCUGCCGAGUUUCUCUUCCAGGACGUUGUGGGCAUGUUUGAUGAUCGACGACUUGUAUACGAGAACCCCACCGCUGUCAAGGUUCUCAAAGCAAAUGCGCUGGGUGCUACCACACCAAAGAUCCCUCUUUAUUGGUACAAGUCAGCGCUGGAUGAGGUGAGCCCUGUAAAGGAUUCAGACUCUGUUGUGGAGCUGUACUGUUCCAAUGGAGCUAGGAUAGAAUAUGUCCGCGAUAUUGCCUCGGAGCAUGGAAGCUACGCCGUGAUUGGAGCACCGAAGGCCCUAUAUUGGCUGAAAAAUAUCAUGGAUGGCGGCAAGCCCAAUACAGGCUGCUCGAAGAAGACGGUGUUAUCUUCUCUAAUCGAUGUGGCUACGUUGGAUAUUGUUCCCAAAGUUCUCAUCGACGCAUUAUUGGACUUACUUCACAAGCCAGUCGGUCCCAUCCUGUUUGGCUAA